AUGGCCACUCUUGAUAUGAAAACAAAAGAAAAUACAAGACCGGAGGAAAAGCGAGCAAAUGGAAGCCUUCAAAAGACCGAACAAUCGGGUGCGAUGGAUGCAAUCAUGGAGAAGAUCCGGAAAGGACUGGCGACCGCCAAUGAUCAGGAUCUGGGCAUUCUUUUCAACGAGACCUUUGCCAACACCGCGUCCUCCCUCGAACGGCACAAUUCCUUGGCGUUGCAGAUGAGAGCGUUGCAUCAAGUCUUCAUGAAAAUGUCGAAUUAUUUCAAGGACGCAGAUUUGGUCUCAAAAGAUAAAUUUUGCUGCGUGGGAUUCGAACUGAACUCUGUGCUGACGAAGAUGUGCAAGGAUAUGGAUUCUGAAGCCAUGGGAAAGAUGUUCAGAAUAGAAUUGACUGGGAUGAAGGGCAAGGGAAAAGAAAUCAAGAAUCUGCUGCAACUUGAAGACAAUUCUCUUGGGAAAGCUGCAACCUCACUGAUUCAGAAGACGUUUUUUGAUGGAAAUUGUAAUAAGAAGAAGAAAAGGAAGAGGAUACCCUGUGAACAUAAGGGACAGACAUGCCAAAAGCUGGCAUUUCAAGUGGAUGAACAGUUUAUCGGUGAUGUAAAACGUGAACUCAAGCUGGUCAACGAGCAGAAAAUUGUCGAUUUGACAAAGAAGGAGAUUCAGAAGAUCAAAGACGACGUUCUGGGUAGAAGAUGCAGAUCAGAUAUACUCCCAGUGACCGCUCAAAAUGGAAUCGAAUCAAUUCUAUGGGCAUUAAUCUCAUUAUUGGAUCGGAGAUUGAAGAGAGAAGGUCUGAGUGAUUGUUGUAUGGGGAUGAUGGUUAAAAAAUCAGUCAAUUUGAUGCUGAAUUAUUCGAUUUACGAACAAGGAGAGGUCUUCAGAAGAGAGUUUCAUCUUAUCAAUAAGGAAAACCUGGCCAAAGAAGAUCCCCAAUUCCUCUCUGCCCUUGUUUGCAGUGCCAUGAAGAAGAUAAUUUGCGAUGGAAAAGGCUCUUCAGAGGGAAGUAACUGCACUCAUCCGGAUCCUCCGCAUAUUGUAGACCCCAAUCUCUUCGAAAAUGCUUGCAGAACCGACAAGGAAGCUGACGAAUACACCGAAUUGCUCCAUAACCCAUUGAAACCAGACAAAAUCAUCAAGAAGAUGGUCGUUGAGUAUGAUCCGAGCAUUAGAAGUGUGUUGAAAUCGAAUUGGGAGAAGGUCGGAAAGACGUUUAACGAAUUUUGGGAUGCCAUUUUCCGAAGACCGUUUGAAGAUUUGGUCAGGAAUUUUACUCUGAACAUUGUACGAUCUCCCACUAAAGAUUCCACUACCAGUCAAUUCAGAAGAGCGACAUUUCAGCUGUUCAAAGAAGCGGAUAUCCAGGGAUUUGAGGACUGGAAUGAACUUUACAGCCUCACUCAGCGGUACGACGAGGAUCGCAAUACUUUAAUCUUGCCGUUGUGCCAGUUACUGGUCUAUGAUCUCGAUCAGCUUGGAACUAUCUACCGAAAAUGCCUGAGGGGGCUUGAAGUGAGGGAUGAUGACAUCAAUUACACUCUCAAACAAGCCGACACUUACCUUGGAAGGUUUUCCAUUCUUGUAGUUUUCAAUUUACUGUUCCCAGAAGAUCCGAAAAAGCAGAAGAUUGAAGCUCCCUUGGUGUUCGACAACAAGAUACGACCGAUGCGCUUGAAUAAGGCGUUUUAUGAUGGGGCAGAUAAAAAGCUGAAGACCCGGGAGAAAUUCAGAGAGGAGCUGAAGAGGAAGGUGAUGAAGAUCAAGGACGAGACAUUAGGAAGACGAUGGAAAUCACGUGUCUUGGACUUUGCGGAGAAGGGACACAGAAUUGAAGAGGCGAUCUUGGCCAUGAUGAAUUUAUUCAGUCCCUUCUUCCUGCAUCCUGAGGAUUAUUCUCCCAGCAAAUCCUGUUGUUUUGGACGUGAAAUCAAACAAAUAAUGAUGACGAUACUCCCUCUUCCCUUUGACGAAGUUCUACUGACUCAGCAAAGAAAUGGCGAUAUCCUCAACAUACUUUACUUGACAGUUCCUUCCAGUCUGGUUAUUGAUGGAAAACCAGGAAUUGCGAUCUUUGGAGUCAUUAUAUUGUAUUUAUUGGAGAACAUUCUAUUCCAAGAGCCAUUCCCGGACGAUGAGAUUAUGUGCAGACAUGAAAGGGAGCCGUUUGAAACUGAAGAUAUCCUCAAAACGGCCAUGGGGAAGAUCGACAAAGAGAAAAACCCCAUGGAUGUACUCAAUGUCCCCGUCAAAGAUCCGAAGAUGGCCAAGAAAUGGAUGGAAGAGUUUAUUUUCGGAAGGUCCGGGACGUUUAUUGAUAUGGAUGACUUUGAACUCGAAUUCAAUCAGUUGGUAUUCAAAUUACAUACCCCAGACUUUGCAGUCAUCUCACUGGGGUUCAAGUUGCAUUUGAUUACGAUGCCAGAUUCCAAGAUUCCAUCUACAAAUAUGUUAAAGAAGGCCGUUCGUGAUAUCAUUUACUCUGAUGAAUUUUCUUUCCCCAUCCCCCAAAAGGAGUGUCUACUCUUUGAUAAAGAAAGGCUUGGCCGAACGCUGGGUCAUCUCAUUUACCAGAUGAUGUUUGAAGGUCAUAGACGAAUGGGAGAAUUUAUGAGAGAAUCGCUGGCGAGAUGUGAUGAUUCCAGAAUCAAGAACCUUCUGAAGAAACCGGACAGUUAUCUCGGGAUAUUAUUCUUUGUCCUGCUUGACAUGUUUUUACUGACCGGACAAAACGGAUCUGGAGAAGAUGGCUCUCUCUAUCAUGACAUCAUGUUCCCGAAUAUGGAUCGAAGCAUUGAUCAUAAUCAGCUCCGAGUGAAUGCAGCCACGAUGUCUCCACGACACAUCGCCUCUUGCAUGAGAAAGAUGUUCUCCUUGAAUCGACAAAAUCAUUCUUUGGUGGCCGAGAAUAUCAGGGAUAUUAUGUAUCAGACAUUCAGAUAUGUAUUGCCGGAGCUGCAGAAGUACUCGGAAUCGGAUCUGAUCCACUUGGAGGACAAACAAUUGGCCAAGAUCCUCCAAAAUUUUAUCGACAAAGGUGUAGCCAUGGGAGAGGAUCUGGGAAUUGUGGUCAGAUCGAUUUUGAAGAGUUCAGUUGAUGUUCAUCACGUGUUCAGUAACUCGAUUCCAUCGGUGGACACCUACUGGUCAUCCUUCGUUUUUGUUGUUAUCAAGAGACUCAUUUUUGACAGGGAUAUCAUGGUUAAUCUAUAA